AUGAAGGCGAGUCCGGAGCCAGGGAAGCAGCAGCAGCAGCAGCAGCAGCAGCAGCAGGGCCAGGCGACGGAGGCGGAGCGGCUGCGCACCCGGGAGCGGCUGGAGGCCACACUCGCCGGGCUGGCCGAAUUGGAAUUCCUGCGCCAGCGCCAGGAGCUGCGCGUCAAGCGGUUACUGGCCGCCGCGCCCUCGGCUUCUCUGGCCGGGAUCUGCUCCGGGGAAACGACCAGAGCCCCCGCAGGAGCCGGGAUCCCGCCGCGCAGCUUAGAAGAGAAGUUCCUGGAGGAGAACAUCCUGCUUCUGCGGAGACAGCUGAACUGCUUAAGAAGAAGAGAUGCUGGCUUGUUAAACCAGUUGCAAGAACUGGACAAACAGAUCAGUGAUUUGAGGCUGGAUGUUGAAAAGACAACAGAUGAACACCUUGACAUGGAUAGCCGUCCCAGUUCAGGGUUUUAUGAGCUGAGUGAUGGGGCUUCUGGAUCUCUCUCCAAUUCGUCCAACUCUGUUUUCAGUGAAUGUUUAUCCAGUUGUCACUCCAGUACUUGCUUCUGCAGCUCUUUGGAUGCAUCCUUGAGUGGCUCUGAUGGACGGCCCAAGUCUGCAGAUUUCAUCAGCUGGCUGGAGCAAAACAAAGGAAUGCAACAAAAUGAGCAAGCGGGGAUGGCCUCUCCCUCAAUGCCACACCCAGAUUCUUUUGACAUCGUUGCAGAUGUACAUCCAAAAUACCAGUGUGAUCUGGUGUCUAAAACCGGAAAUGAUGUGUACCGUUAUCCCAGCCCUUUACAUGCUGUUGCAGUGCAGAGCCCCAUGUUUCUUCUACCGGUGACCAGUUCCCCCCCAAGAGAAGAAGCCGAGAGAACCAGUGACAGUGCUGUAGAUGUUGGACCGGAACUCAACUCCGAAAAAACGGUGGAUUCUUGUCUUUCACACACUUCUCGUUCUCCAUCCUGUCCUUUGCCCAGCAGAAAGAUGGAUGGAUAUAUUUUAAGCCUUGUGCAAAAAAAGGCUCCUUUGGUGAGGACUAAUAAACCAAGAACAAAUCUGAAUGCAGACCUGGCCAAGGGGAUUUUGAGACAUGGAAGCUUGUGUCUUCGGCAGAUGGCUACUGCCGCGCCUAGCAAUACCUCUAACACGAAGAAUCUCAUCCAGCCACUUUCACAUUCCAGUGGAACCAUUCUCACCCUAGAAAACAGUGCCUUUUCUCCCAUAAAGCAGAAUUCAAAGGAAGUAGAGAAUACGGAGUUAAAAAAGAUACCCUCACCUGCUGUUUUCCCACCGAAUGCUAAUAAUGAUCAAAGCAAGCCCUCAGUGAAGAAUGUCAAAACUCAAGAAGUGAUGCGAUCCCCUGUGACUAAGAGUGAUGCUCCCAAGGAAAGUGGCCAAUUCUAUUUGAUCUGUCCUAAAGAAAGCCCAGAACAGCACAUAACACCCUUGAAAGAAAAGAAAGCCGUCCAGCUUCCCAAAAAGCUAUCGUUUAAAAGUAGUAGUGGGAUGCAGUCGGCUUGCUCUGUUUUAUCAGGCCAGGAGAGCAGACCAUUGGUGGAACUUAAGAGUGAGGGGUCCUCAUCCCAAAGUCUGGAGGAGGGAUUCCUAGUGAAUGCCCAGUUCAUUCCUGCUCAGCCACAAACAGUCAGACUUCUCAAAGGCACCAGGAGUGUCAAAAUUCUCAAAGGUUCUAUGGUGAAGCACAGAUCUCAUCUGGUCACAGUGCUGGAAAAUGGACCUCAGGCUGGACGGGAGAGGGCCAAACCAACAGGCAAAAAGUGUCACUUCCUGGAUGAAUUGGAUCCAAACAAGAAGCCAAGAAAGACCACUUUGAGAGGGAAGAAAAGUCUCCACAUUCAGCCAGAUGCCAACCAUCCGACUCGGCAGCCAGGCGUACUCAAGUCUGUGCUGAGGCCCCAUGGACAUAGCAGAGAACCAGUAGUUGCCAAGCCCAAGCACAAGCGAGCGGAUUACCGGCGGUGGAAACUCUCUACAGAGGUAUCUUACGAAGAUGCCCUCAGGCGGGCCAGGAGGAACAGGAGAGAAGCUAUAGGCGUCUAUUCUGAGAUUCCACACCCUUAUAUUAGCCCCUAUGCCUAUGUUGCUAGUGACUCAGAAUAUUCGGCUGAAUGUGAAUCCCUCUUCCACUCCACUGUAGUGGACACCAGCGAGGAUGAAAGGAGCAACUAUACCACCAACUGCUUUGGGGACAGCGAGUCCAGCUUAAGUGGAGUGGAGUUUGUUGGUGAAAGCACAACAACCAGUGACUCAGAGGAAAGCGGGGGUCUCCUUUGGUCCCAGUUUGUUCAGACACUUCCCAUCCAGGCAGUGGCUGCUGCUUCGGAGCUCCAUGAAAAUGCAGCCAAGGCCUUUGUUAAGAUUAAAGCAUCCCAUAACCUUAAGAAGAAAAUCCUUCGCUUUCGGUCCGGCUCUCUCAAACUGAUGACUACUGUCUAAAUGCAUAGGAAAAGCAAAGGAUAGCAGCAACGAUAAUAUCCCUGCCUCUUGGCGAGACCUAUACAGUAUAUGUAAGGGAAGUGAGUGUCAGGAUUCUGACGGGUCUUGGGGGACAGUUUUUCAGGACUUGGGAGCUGGGCAGCUACGCUGGUUCCAAAAGGGGCCUUCACCGGCUGUCAUUAGAACUGCCUGCCUUAACACCUCGAAGAGCAGAGCAAGCAACUUUUUGGUGACGGAGUGCACAUGUUUGUGGAUGUCUGCUUUGGGGGCUGAGGACUAUAGAGGGAUCGAGCAAGUAAGGCAGGGCACCUCCUGCAAGGUGAUAAUGUUGUGCCAUUUCAAGGUUUCCUGAUCUUUUCCAGCUUCAGAGGUUGGGCAACCACUCUAUGUAAGGUGAAGGAAUGGGAAAAUUGGGGGGACAGGGCCCAAACAUGGGAAGCUUGGUUUUUUUGAGGUGUAUGUGUGGAAUUCAAGAUUUUUGGGGGAAUUUUAAGAGGUAAAAUUAGGUGGAGAUUAGCUGACUUUAAAAAUCCUCCAAACAAUACCAUAGAAUCAAAGUGUCUGUUUAGUUCAUUCGGGGGGGAUCUCGGGGACAACAUAAAAUGUGUUGGGGGACUCUGUUUGAGCCUGGGUGUCUACCUCUGACUUAAACUUUGAAAUAAUCCCUUAUAAUAACAUAACAUUGGGCAAAUUUAAUCUCCUUCUUCUGAUGCACCAUUUUUAGCACGACAAGGGCUUGCUUUGGAGAAGAAAAGACUCACCUCUUUUAAGUUUUCAGCCUUCCCAUUCUCACUUGCCUUGAACAAUGAGGCAAGUGUCUAAUUACAAGACUGGUAUAAGCAAGGAACAGAAAGAAGAAUCUAUGGCAACUUUUCUAACCGGAUACCUUUAGUGUGGGGACUGCGAUUCCCAGAAUUCACAGCCACCAGGAAAGGCAGCAAUUCAGUCCAUUAGAGAAGGUUGCCUUAUGUAGACCUUUUGGGGAUCUCUGGUGCUGCUGCUUUUGGUAAUCUGCCAAAAAGGUCUUAUGAAGAUGUGACCAAUCCACACCUGCCUGUGUAAACAAAACAAGGUGCUUCUUGUAAAUAAUUUUUCUAGAAUGCUUUUUGUAGGGCAGAUAUUUAAGUCUUAACGGACUGCUUAGUUAAUGUCACUUGAACCUCCAUAUUUUUGAGUCAACACUAGUGCCUUUUAAGUGGUAAGAACAAAAGCCACAGUGCUAGUUUUUAAGCAAAGAAUUAAGACACCAGUUUACUGCUUGAGCUGAUUGAGAUGCAGACACGGAGACCAAAUGUUGAUUUAAAAACAGUGUUAGAAACAUCAGUGUGAAAAGAUGGUUAAAUGAAAUGCAGGAUCCACAUUUUUUUAAAUAAGCAAACUUGGUAAGCAUUGUGUUGAUUUAUGCGGCAUCACUGAUUAACACAGAAACUCUCUGCUUCAGAUUAUCUCUAUCAUCCACAGACAUUUUAUAUUUAGCAAAAAAAAGAGACUAUUUUCAAGAUUUCGCUUGACGCCUCCCUAUACACAGAUUAGAUUAGUUGUUCGUGUUGUUCAGCAUUGUCUAUUCUGAAUUAAAACUACCUUCAGAGUCUUGAGCAGACGUUUUUCCCCAUUAUUUUCUCCUGGAUGAUUUUUAAAGGUAAAAGCAGGGAUUGAACUGCCUUCAAAAGGAGAAACCUCAGUACUGAGCCAUAACCACCUAAAGCUGCCUUGAAUUUAGAUAAACGAUCCAUCCAGCCCACUGCUCUAUGGCUUUUUCCCAUGUUACUUUCUGAGAUCCUUUAGAAGUUGGGAAUUUGGAGCAGUUGCUCCACCUCUUGAAUUACUGUAUUCAUCUCUUACCAACAUGCACAAGUUUUAGUAGUAUUGAAUACUACAUUGGAUUAGGAGGCAGCAAUCCAAAUAGUGCAAAUGACAUAAACUUACAAAAUCCUUUAGGAUUUAGAUGUGGUGGGGAGAUCUGCCUUCUGCCAUUUAAGCCUGCUUUGUUAAUCUUGUAUAAGGUCAAUCACUUUGAAAAAGCAUCUUUAAGGAGGGACCCUGAAGUACAUUGUAUACAGGUAGUCAUUGACUCAUGACCACAAUUGAGCCCCAAAUUAUGACCAUCAGCGAGACAUUUGU